GUCGAAUGGGCAGACGGUAAAAGAUGGCGGAUGACAAGAGCAAGAUCACAGGCAAUCAUUCUACUAAUAAACGGUUCUGGAGCCCUUCCGUCCGAGGACCGGCGUUCAUGUUUAUCUGUAUACUGCUGGUGGAGUCCGCGCGAGCCACCACGCACUGGGUGGUGACGGAGGACGGCAAAAUCCAACAGCAGGUGGAUUCUCCUCUUAACUUGAAACAUCCCCACCAUUUAGUUCUUUUCAUGCAACAGGAGACUCGUGUGAACUACCUCAAGAAGUUAGAGAAGCAACUAGUUGCUCAGAAGAUUCACAUUGAAGAGAACGAGGACAGGGAUACUGGUUUAGAGCAGCGACACUAUAAAGAAGAUGCUGACUGUGUCACAGCUAAAGUUCCUCUGGGAGACUUGGAUCUCUAUGAUGGCACUUUUAUAUACCUGGAGAGCAAAGACAUAAAUCCAGAGGAUUUUUUGGAUCAGAUGUCACCUCUACCUCCAGACCUGGAAAAACCUGACUGCGCUAAAAUCCUCGACCUUCCUUAUAGCAUUCAUGCGUUUCAGCACCUCAGGGGUGUACAAGAAAAGGUAAACUUAACAUCACCCUUGGUUUCAAAGGAUGACCCAAUCUUUACCUCCCUGUCUCUUAAGCUGGGACAGAGUGUGGAUGAGGUUGGGCAUCGGAUACACGAGGCACUUCUAAGCAAUUCUUCUUCAUGGGUGCUUUAUAACUUGGCCUCCUUCUACUGGCGGAUGAAGAAUGAACCCAGGCGAGCUGUGGACUGUGUGGUCCGUGCUCUCCAUUUUUCUCCAAGGCAGCACAAAGAUGUUGCUCUUAUCAAUAUGGCAAACAUACUUCACAGAGCACACUUCUCGGCUGACGCCGCCAUUCUCGCCCACGCUGCUCUGGAUCUCACCACUGAUCUCCUAACCAGCCAUUACACCCUGGGCAACAUUUACGCUAUGUUGGGGGAGUAUAAUCACUCCGUGCUGUGCUAUGAGCAGGCUCUGCAGGCUCAGCCGGGCUUUGAGCAGGCCCUGAGGAGGAAACAUGCCGUCCUCUGUCAGCAGAAGCUGGAGCAGCGGCUUGAGGCUCAACACCGGUCUUUGCAGCGCACCCUGAAUGAACUGAAGGAGUACCAGAAGCAGCAUGAUCAUUAUCUGCGACAGCAGGAGAUGCUGGACAAGCACAGGCUCAUUCAGGAGGAGCAGAUCCUGCGAAAUAUCAUCCACGAGACCCAGAUGGCUAAAGAAGCUCAACUCGGAAAUCACCAGAUGUGUCAUAUAGGCCAACAGAAGUUCACCCUGCACUGCCCGUUUGACUUGCCUGUGCGGUAUCACCGUGGAGAACUGUUUGAAAAUGUCCACUACAUUCAGUUUGGUGAGGAAGUGUCAAUAGCCAGCAGUGUUGCUCUGGUGUCCGAGUUGAGUGUGAAUGAGAGUCUCAGUCCUCAGCAGUCCUACACCAUGUCCUUAGGAUGGGAACCUGCAGCUCACUGGGACAAGGAGACAACCUCCACUGAUGAAAGUCAUACGGUGCUGUGGCCCAGGAGGUCAGACUGUGCACAACGAUUCCCCACAAUUCCCCCUGUGCACCUACUUCCCACCUAUUACCUGCCCCCCGAGUCCCACAACUUUAAGGCUCUGAAUAUUCUCUUGGAGAGCAAAAGUCCUCCACCAUCAUCAAAGAUGCCGGAUUGCAGCUUAAAGAAUCUUGUCACCGCUAGAGACCCACUGGAGUCUAUGGCCUGGGCAUUAGAGAAGGAGAUGCUUGACCCACAUGCUGCAGAGGUGUUGCUGAAGCGCAGUGGUGGGAGGAGUUUGGAGCAAACUGGAGCACUGAUUGCUCAGGCGCUGGACAAGAUGAGUGGGCCACGUUGGAUGAUGCAGAAUGAAGCAGGUCUUUUCUGGCGUGCUAAAGGAAAUGGCACACAAGCUUUGGCGUGUCUGCGUCAGGCGCUCCAUUCUGCCCCUCCUCAGCACAGAGACAUGCCUCUGGUCAACACUGCCAACCUGCUGCUGCACUACGGCCUGCAUGACGAGGCCCAUGAGCUGCUGCAACAGGCCCUGCAGAUCAACUGCUCAGAGCCUCACACCCUGUUAAGCCUGGUCAACGUUCACCUCUCUCAGGGAAACCUGACUGGUGCUCUGGCCAUGUUUCGUCGGGCCCUGACUCUCACAGUUCACUGUCCCCAGUGUCGUGCCAGCCUGCCUCUAAUGCGCUGUCUGCAGUUUUACCCCUUCCUUUACCAUCUCCAGCACCAGGCCUGUCCAUCUGGCUCUGGCUGUGAGGCAGAGGAAGACACAGAGCUGGAGGAAUGGGACACGGCCAGCAGCAGCAGGCAGGAACCCUGGGACACUGAUGCCAUGCCUGUGUCUGCUUUAGAAGACUCUCUCCUCUUUGAGAAGGUGGUGGUGGACAGCAACGGUUCAGGGGAGGCGAGUGGGCAGGACAGGGGCCGAGAGCAAAAGAAUGAUGGGGUGGAGGAAGAGGAGCAGGACUGGCGUCUGAGGGAAGAGCUUAUAGGAGCAUUUGAGGGGGCUCUGGAAAUGAACGGGAAGACAGGGGACCUACGGGGCAUCCGCGUGCUGAAAAACGACAGGGUCAUGGGGGCGAGAGGGGGAGGACCCUGCUUCGGCAACUGUGAGGAUGAUGAGGCAGCUGAAUGGAUAACAUUCCAGGUGAAACGUGUGAAAAAAACAAAAACUGAUACCUCGGAGGGCUGGGUGGGAGAAGGAGAUGUUCAUCAGGGUGAACCAACAGCAAGUAACUCCAUCCUUGAGAUCAGUGGGCCCACAAUCCCCUCACCUGGACCCUCAGAGAGAUGGAAGGACUACAGCAGUCUGGGUUGGCCCGGUCCAGAGGAAUGUCAGCGCACGCGUCGUGUGGACCUCACACAUGUGGCUAGUACCUGGCUGGCUGUGUCUGCCAAGAACAUAGAUAUCACAGAGCAUAUAGACUUUGCCACUCCGCUUCAGGAGCCAGCAGUGGAGCCGGUGUGCAAUGCCAAUCUCCCUGCCAGUAUGCACACACUGGACCAUCUGAGUGGAGUGGCCAACCGCGGAGGCAUUCACUAUACUGGGGAGAGUCAGCUCAGAGAGGUGUUGCAGAAUCUGGGAAAAGAUACAUUUCCCUCGCAGUCUUUUGAACAAGUGGGAACACGUAUUGCUAAGGUGCUGGAAAAGAAUCAGACAUCCUGGGUUCUGUCCAGCAUGGCAGCAUUGUACUGGAGGGUGAAAGGUCAGGGAAAGCGAGCCAUCGACUGCCUCCGCCAGGCUCUGAACUACGCUCCUCACCAUAUGAAGGAUGUGCCUCUCAUCAGCCUUGCCAACAUCUUCCAAAAUGCGAGGCUGUGGGAGGACGCCCUGACUGUGGCACGCAUGGCAGUGGAAAUUGCUCCUCACUUUGUGGUUAACCAUUUUACUCUGGCAAACGUUUAUAUAGCUAUGGAGGAGUUCGAGAAGGCCAUGCAUUGGUAUGAAUCGACUCUAAAACUCCAGCCAGAAUUUGGGCCAGCCAAAGAUCGUCUGCGCACCAUCCAGUGCUACCUCCUCUCCAAGAGGGACAGGCGAGCUCCAUGAGGACACAACACACACACGCACGCACAAACGUUAACAUUAACAUGCUCCUUAAUCUUAUCUAUCAGUGAGGAACACUGUUUGUUGUCUUAAUUUCAUGAAUAUAGACCAUAUCAUUACUGUCUAUAAGGUUUUCAGUUGAGCUAUGAAAACAGUUUCCCUUUUUUCCGGUCUUUAUGAAAAUUUUAUGAUGUUGUUUUAUGGCUAAAGGGUUGUUUAUUUCUAUAAAACAUCUUGAUAUUCCUACAAAGGGAUAUUUUUUUCUGGGGUCAAGAUUCAAUGUUUGAAUAUGCCAGACUGUAUUUGAAUGCUUUUAUUUUUAACAGUAACACCAAAAAUACAAUGCAUCUUUUAGUCUCACCAUAUCCAUAUACCCCUCUCUUUCAGCAGUAGCUGCUAGGUGUAUAAAGGGUGUCUUAAAAUCUUAUUCAGAAUACAGAUUGUUAAAAGAAACACUAUAGUCCUUUCCUUUACACAGCUGUUCUCAGAUUUAGUUAUGCCUAAUGGUAACAGUUCAGGCUGUUGUAUGUUCAAAUGAUUUCCUUGUAUCUGCCAUGAGAGCAGGCUGAAGCAUCUUGUACAUCCUUUUUUAAGCUAAAAAUAUAAAAUGCUGCAAACAUGUGGAGAGGAGAGUUUCUCCUGAUGGUUUACUGUACAGCUCUAAAUCUUGGUUGUUAUAGCUGAUAUGGAAUAAAUCAUUAGUGUUCAGGCUGAAGACAGAUCCACUGCAAAUAUUUAAGCUAAGAAAACAUCAAUAACAAAAAUGUGGUUUUGAGUUUUUAACCGAUGUAUUUUCCUUUAAGUUUUAAAAGGGACAUUUAAAAUAAGAUAAUUUUGCUCAAAGUUCAAAUGUACUUCCAUUUACUUUACUUUGCACAGCUGAGCUGUUGACUCUAAGAUUUUAUCUGUACUGUUGUAUUUAAUAUUUAG